AUGAAGUACGUUCAGCUUACAAUCGAGCUCAUCACCAAGGCCUUUGAGACAUUCUCCUCUAAGAAGGGAGUGGAGUUUACCAAGAAAGAUGCAAAUAAGAUCUUUAAGGCGCUUGAUGAGGAUGAGGAAGUAGAGAGAUACUACUUUUGUGGAGAAAAGUGCACCAAGUCCAAGCGCAAAUGCAUGAAGGAAGUUGAUGAUGAAGGCAUACAUUGUUAUGUCCACGAUCCUGCGCGCAAGUGUCAAGGCACAACUAUUAAGGGUGCUAAUUGUGGUAGUGUAGCCAAACUUGGUCAAACAUACUGUGGACGUCAUCAAGAUCAAGAUAGAGGUUAUAUAAAACGUAGUAACAACAACGCACCUGUCGACAAGCGUACUAAGUCUUCCAAGGCUUUAAAGAAGACACAUACUUCUAAGUUUGUGUCUUCCGAUGACGAUAUGACUUCCGAGGAUGAAGAACCAAAGAAGCGAAAGAGAAACAAGCAGGAGUCAUCGGAUGAAGAGCCGUCCGAUGAUGAUGAUGAAGAAGAUAUAAUUGCCGUCUCCUUUCCGUUGAGUCCAAAGUACAUUAUUAGGCUAAAGGAAAAGAAUCUCUACAUUGCAUUGUGUCCACCUAAGCUCAUGGGCAAGAAUCUCCCUGCGCCAGAAAUAUCUGAGAAAGAGGCACGCAUAUUGGCCAAGAUGGGUCUUCAAGAGGCAACUUCAGCAGAUGUAGAAAAAAUAGAAGAGUCUUCUGCUGAUGAGAAUUCUGACGAUGAUACAGAUGAUGGUGAUACGUCUGAUAAUGCUGACUCUGAGGAUGAUUCCUCUAAAGAUAAAGACUCUGAUGAUGGCAAGUCCAAUAACAGACCUGAUGUAGAAUCUGGAGAUGAUACCUCUAAGGAUAACCCUGAUGAAAAACUAUCUCAUAAAAAGCCAUCUAAGGAUGAUGAGAAGAAGACUUCUCGAAAGAAAAGGCAUUCAGAGAUGCCCAAAAAUGCAGAGCCAUCUUCUAAUGUAGAUGUUUCUAAGGAUGAAAAAGAUGAACACACAUUUGCACUGGCCACAACGGCGCGUAACAUUAGAUCAGAGAAAGACAUACCACUUGCAAAGGAUGGAGGAUGGAUGGUUCAUCCUAAUAACGACAUGCUUGAGUAUGCAACUAACUUUACGAUGAAGGCUAAGUACAUUGUCAAGCUAUGUGGAAAGAAUACAUACGUUGGCCUGUUUACGCUUGAUCAUCUGCGUGGCGGUGGUGAUGUUCCAGAGAUGGAUAUCUUGGAACGCUCCAUGCUUAGCAAGAUGAAACUUCAAGAAAUGUCUGAUGAAGAGAGAAAGAUGCUUUUCAACGAGGAGGUCGAAGUAGAAGAGGAACUACCACACAUUCUCAAGAUCCGCAAGCAAAACAUUGUAGUUGGCUUGGUGACUGAUGACCACAUUGGUGCAGAGAAUGUCGACUAUGAUAAUCUUAACCAAAAGGAAAAAGAAAAGAUCUUUGCUAUGGGCUUUAAGCCACAAUGGUCUAAGGAUAGGUCGACAGAGAAAGAUGAUGAGGUGCAAGAGUCGGAUGUUAAGAAAACUCUAGAAGAUGGUGGACCUAUGGAAAGCGAAAAUGUGAAUGCCUCAAGUGUUUACACUACAAAAGACCAUCAUGAUUUUCUGAAGGCAAUGGGAGAAGUAUAUAGCAAAAUAACAGCUAUCGAAGAAGAACUCCGCGAGGAAUACGUUUCGGCAGAUGAUAGUAUUCAAGCCAAAGAGAAAAGUACGAUGGAAGAAAAGAAGCCUCUUGAAGUAACAUUUGAGACCGCAGAAGAGUAG